GCAGUCGGGUUUGUCACACCGGGGCAUUGAUGUGUGACAUCAACCGGGCAGAUCCCUCGACAUUGCCUCUCGGAUUUGGGGUUUAGAUACACGUCGUCUCACUCAUUCAGCCCUCAUCUCUCAUAAGCCGCAAUCACAUUCUCAAUUUCACUCGUUCGUGGGGUGAUCCGGCGAUCCAACCCUUCCUGCGCUCGCUCCUUCACCCGCAAUUCAAAAUUCAUUGAACGGUGUCCGAAACUGUGCCAAACUGUGCCAAACCGUGCCCCUCAUCAUCACCGGCACAGCCGCAACACCGCCAAGAUAGGCCGCAGCCGUGGAGGAGGGCCGCGCCCACAUAAGGGCAAGCAGUGGGACGACCUCGGCGGCUUUGACGAGUUCGACGACUUCCGCCUUCAGGGAAAGCAAGCAAAUUCGAAAGCAAAGAAACCAAAAGGAAAAGGAAAAGGAAAGGGAAAACGGAACAAUCGCAAGAUGGGCCAAGAGCAGUCGUACAUCGACGAUGACACCCCGCCUCUCACCUUGCGGGAGCGCAGCCUUACCGCCGUCGCCGACUUUAUCAAGUCCGGCAAAGCCCGCCGCAUCGUCGUCAUGACCGGCGCCGGCAUCUCCACCGCAGCAGGCAUCCCCGACUUCCGCUCCCCCACAACCGGCCUCUACGCCAACCUCUCCGCCCUCAACCUCCCCGAGCCCGAAGCCGUCUUCGACCUGUCCUUCUUCCGCCAGAACCCGCAGCCCUUCUACGUGCUGGCGCGCGAGCUGUACCCGGGCGCCCGCUACCGCCCGACCGUGUCCCACGCCUUUUUGGCUCUGUUAGCCCGCCGGGGCUUGCUGCACAUGCUGUUCACGCAGAACAUUGACUGUUUGGAGAGGGCGGCGGGGGUUCCCGCGGAGAAGAUCGUGGAGGCGCAUGGGAGUUUUGCGGGGCAGAGGUGUAUUGAUUGGGGGGGUGGGGAUGGAGCUGAGGAGGGUGAGGGGGAGGUGUGUGGCGGGCUGGUGAAGCCGGAUAUCGUCUUCUUUGGGGAGGCGCUGCCCAGGGCGUUUUUUGAGUUGAGUCCUAUGACGAAGGAGGCCGAUUUGGUUUUGGUUAUGGGCACGAGCCUGCAGGUGCAUCCGUUUGCGGGCCUGCCGAAUAUGGCCGAGGAAGAGACCCCCCGAGUCUUGUUCAACCUGGAGCAGGUCGGGUCGUUUGGCACGCGGGCGGAUGAUGUCAUGGUGCUGGGGGAUUGCGAUGCCGGCGUGAGGAAGCUUGCCGAGGAAAUUGGGUGGAAGGAUGAGCUGGAGAAGGCCUGGAGGGAGUUGGUCGGCGAUGAGGAGGCGGAGAGGCAGUUGCAAGGGGCUACGAAGAGGGUCGCUGCCCUGCACGAUGAGGUUAGCAAACUAGCCGAGGAGGUGGACGAGGUGCUCCAUAUCGACGACAAGGAAGCUAGACACGGAGCGGGGGAUGAGGGCGAUCAGGAGGUCGCUGAAACUCCAGCGGCUAAUCAUGCAGAGGAUACAAAGGCAGCCGAGGGAGGUUUAGCAACAAAGGCUGUUGAGCCCGGCGCCGAAGGCGACACCAUCCUGCCGGCCGUUGACCACAGUAAGAGCCAGAGUCCAGUGGAACAAGGGGUGGGGACAGGCGACGAUAAAGCCGCGACGGAGAAGGCGGUCUUGUGAUAGAUUUCAUUUUGUUUAGGUCUUGUGGGAAUAAGGACAUAUACACACUACCAACUAGCCAUUUUGUAGGUGUAUGAUAGCGCUCUCGCUACUAUAAUACAGUUGGCACAAACACAGUUAGCAC